CGCAACGAACUCACUCCGCGUCUAGCCGGUUUUAUGUCAGCACCACCGCCUCCCCUUGCUCCAGCCCCUCACUCAUUCCAUCUCAUCUGCGCCGACUCCAACCCUAGCCUCGCCUCCCGCUCCCCGCACUCGCCGCCUGCGUCGCCGCACCGCACUUCCGCACCGCACCGCGCGCCCCCCUCCUCGAGAUCGGCGGUGUUGCUGCUAUUUGGCGGUGGAAUCUGAGGAAUCGGGACGGAGACGGAGAGGGCGUGGGCCAUGGCACUCCAUGGCUGACGAUGCCUGUGCUGCGUAGCGCGACUCGGAAGGCCCGAGAAGCGCAGGAGAAUCGGGCGGCGCCGGAGGCACCUGCACCACCGGCGGCGAGGAGGCGUAGGGCGGCGAAGAAGAAGGAGACAGGAGGCGUCCGUGAGACCCCCGCGAGGGACGAAGAGAAGAAGGAGGAAGAGAUCAAGCUCGCGGAGGCCCCGCCGGAACCCUCCGGCGAGAAGCCCAUGGACGACAGCGCCGACAAGCAGACUCUCGAGGAUACCAGUCCAAUCCCUGAAAUGGUCCAGGUGAGCAAUUCGCCAAAGUAUAGAGUUGACAAAAAGCUUGGGAAAGGAGGAUUUGGCCAAGUAUAUGUUGGUCAACGCAUUUCAGCUAAUGCUCCUGGUGCAGAUGAGGUGGCGUUAAAGUUUGAGCAUAAGAGCAGCAAAGGAUGCACCCAUGGCCCUCCUUAUGAGUGGCAGGUUUACGACAUCCUCGGUGGCAUUCAUGGUGUUCCUCGAGUCCACUACAAAGGGCGCCAAGGGGAUUAUUUUGUUAUGGUUAUGGAUAUGCUUGGUCUCAGUCUGUGGGAUGCUUGUAAUAAUAAUUCCCACACAAUGUCUGUUGAGAUGGUUGCUUGCAUUGCUAUUGAAGCUAUCUCCAUACUUGAGAAAGUGCACUCAAAAGGAUAUGUACAUGGGGAUGUCAAACCUGAAAAUUUCUUGCUAGGGCCUACUGGAACUCCUCAAGAGAAAAAACUCUUUCUCGUUGAUCUUGGCUUAGCUACCAAGUGGAAGGAUAGGUCAACAGGUCUUCAUGUUGAUUAUGACCAGCGACCUGAUGUUUUCAGGGGCACAGUUCGUUAUGCUAGUGUUCAUGCACAUCUUGGGAGAAUAGGUAGCAGGAGGGAUGAUUUAGAAUCUCUAGCUUAUACACUAGUCUUUCUUCUACGGGGACGUCUACCUUGGCAAGGAUACCAGGGUGAAAAUAAGGGCUUCCUUGUUUGCAAAAAGAAAAUGUCUACCUCUCCAGAAGCUCUCUGUAGCUUUUGCCCACAACCCUUCAAGGAGUUUGUAGAGUAUGUGGUCAACUUGAAGUUUGAUGAAGAACCCAACUAUGCAAAGUGCAUCUCUCUUUUUGAUAGUGUCGUGGGCCCAAAUCCAGAUAUCAGGCCAAUUAACACAGAUGGCGCUCAGAAGCUUAUACACCAAGUUGGCCAAAAGAGAGGACGCUUGCCGUCGGAAGAGACAGAUGAACAACCAAAGAAGAAAACCAGGAUUGGAAUGCCUGCAACACAGUGGAUAAGUGUUUAUAAUGCAAGGCGGCCUAUGAAACAAAGGUAUCAUUACAAUGUUGCAGAUACCAGGCUUGUCCAACACAUUGACAAAGGCAAUGAAGACGGCCUGUUUAUCAGUUGCGUAUCAUCUUGCUCAAAUCUCUGGGCACUAAUCAUGGAUGCUGGGACUGGGUUCUCUUCUCAAGUUUAUGAACUUUCACCACAUUUUCUUCACAAGGAGUGGAUAAUGGAUCAAUGGGAGAGGAACUACUAUAUAACCGCACUUGCUGGAGCAAACAAUGGGAGUUCCCUGUUAGUGAUGUCAAGAGGAACAAAUUAUACGCAGCAGUCCUACAAAGUAAGUGAAACGUUCCCCUUCAAAUGGAUAAACAAGAAAUGGCGUGAUGGUUUCUAUGUGACUUCCAUGGCAACUGCUGGAAGUAAAUGGGCAGUUGUUAUGUCUCGCAAUGCAGGCUUUUCUCAACAGGUUGUUGAACUGGACUUCUUGUAUCCGAGUGAGGGAGUCCAUAAGAGGUGGGAUAAUGGUUAUCGGAUAACAGCAACUGCUGCAACUUCAGAUCAGACUGCAUUAGUUUUAAGUGUACCAAGAAGGAAGCCUAAUGAUGAAACUCAAGAGACACUGAGAACAUCUGCUUUCCCUAGUCAUCAUGUGAAGGAGAAAUGGUCCAAGAAUCUCUACCUUGCAUCAAUAUGUUAUGGACGUACUGCAUCGUAGGAGUCCAACAAGGGUUGAAGCCAUUUCGCGCCGAAUUCAGUACUUCAGUCAGGCUCAUCUUUUAGUCUAGCUCACCGUAGUAGCUUCUGUGGUCUGGGCAAGUUCUGAACGCCACCUAUCAUGUCCCCGUGAAGAUGUUUCUGCUUAUCGUACCUAAUUAUAGAAUACCCGUGAAGAUGUUUCUGCUUAUCGUACCUAAUUAUAGAAUAGUGUGUACAGUAGUAAAUGUUCCGUGGUCCGUUUAAUCCCUAAAGUAGUGGACUAUUAACUUUAGGGGGGUGUCGUCAGAUGUGUACACCUGACCGUUAUGAUCGAACUCCUGUCUGGUCGUGUGAGAGCCUCAAAAGGUUCCUGCUUCCAACUAUCCUUUUGAGGUAUAGUUUACAUUUUCUUCA